GCUAAUAAGUAGAGGAUUUGUCCUCACAGCUGUCGCACAUUUUAACACAUCUGUUGGAUAUUUCGAUGCUUGCCAUAGCUCAAAUCAUCGCUUUUAUAUCACCUACACAUCAGUGUUGAUGUACAACGUGGAGUAACCCACUGCCCACGCAGAUACAUGGGAAGAUCAGAGAACUGGGGCUUAUUUACUUAAGCAGGACCAGGAUUUGUAAUUUUGCUCUAUGAGAAAAGAUGAAAUUCCUGGCCAUGAUUAUCUGUAAACGAGCUCUCAAAUCUGCUUCUCAGUUUUAGGUGGUGGUGUGAUUUAUUAUUAUUAUUAUUAUUUUUAUUUUGAAAGGCACUCAGGGGUCUGGAGGUGGUCAAGACCUCAGCUGCUGUUGUCACAAGUUCAGAUUAAGCCCCGCCUUUUAAGGGUGCUGCUUCGAAAGGAGAUGAAGAAUUGCCUUGAAGCUCAGGACAGAAAGCAGGGAGCAAAAGCGGAGAGACUGCGGAACGACUUGGACAUGGAUCGAGGUUUCUACAGAAAGGUGGAUGUUCCAGACCACGUGCACUACAUCACGGCUUCCAUCGUGGCGGUCAUCGGGACUGUGGGCGUCAUCGGGAAUGCACUCGUUAUCUACGCAUUCUUCUGUAACAAGAAACUACGCUCUCCACCCAACUACUUCAUUGUCAACCUUGCUGUGAGCGACUUCCUCAUGGUCAGCACUCAGUCGCCCAUGUUUUUUGUCAGUAGUCUGUAUAAGGAGUGGGUGUUUGGAAAAACAGGGUGUGAGAUCUAUGCCUUCUGUAGUGCUUUGUUUGGCAUCACUUCCAUGAUUAACCUGGUGGCCAUCUCCAUCGACCGCUACAUAGUAAUCACCAAGCCACUGCAGGCGAUCGGCUGGACCUCUAAACGCCGGACGCUCAUCAGCAUCCUGAUAGUGUGGAUUUACUCUCUGGCCUGGAGUUCAGCACCCUUACUUGGAUGGAGCUCCUAUGUACCAGAAGGCUUCAUGACUUCUUGCACGUGGGAUUAUGUCACGUCAACUCCAGCUAACAAAAGCUACACGCUCAUGCUGUGCUGCUUGGUCUUUUUUGUCCCCUUGGGCAUCAUAUCGUACUGCUACGUCUUCAUGUUUCUAGCGAUUCGUAACACGAGCAGAGAUGUCGAGAGCCUGGGCACCCAGAUGAGGAGUACCACACUGGUUCAACAGCAGUCUAUAAAGAGAGAGUGGAAACUGGCAAAGGUCGCCUUUGUGGUCAUUGUCGUGUUUGUGCUGUCCUGGUCACCUUACGCCUUCGUUACUCUCAUCGCCUGGGCAGGGUAUAGCAGCAUCCUGACACCGUAUUCCAAAGCAGUGCCUGCAAUCAUUGCCAAAGCCUCUGCCAUUUAUAAUCCUUUCAUCUACGCCAUCAUUCACUCCAAAUACAGGGACACUCUGGCUGAGCAGGUUCCGUGUCUGCACUUCUUGAACAAGCGUACUCGUAAGCAGUGUGUCCCCGGUUCGAACAGUGGUUUUUCGUUAAGGAAUUCAGUGCUCAGCGUGCAGUCAUCGGGGUCAAAGACAAAGUUCCACUCGGUGUCUUCAGUGUUCACUGGACACACAGUUUGUAGUGGUGUUAUGUUGGAUCCUUUGGCCCAGCAAGCUCCAUCGCUCAGGAGUUCCCAAUCGGCUAACCAGCUCACGGAGGAGGAGCAGAGACAUCAACUCCAGCUGGAAAGCAACUUCAAGGGCUUCCUGUCUCAAGAGAAGCCAGCCAUCAGCAGUCAGUCACUACCCGGCCACUCAGGGAAUGAUCUGCUUGAGGAUACAAAGUAGAAGAAGGAGAAGAAGCAAGCUGCCCAGACUGGAGAUUCCAACCUACUGCUGGAAUGGUUCCCAAUCGUUUCCUUAAAGCCUCUGGAGAUUCCUCACCUUCACUGAACACGAUCCUAAUUCUUCUCAUCCAAAUCUGUGGUAUAUAUGUUGUAAACAAAC